AUGGACCGCCAAAACACAAGCUCCAAGCGCAACCGCCUGACCAAGAGACAGCCGUCUAAAGCUUCGCGCCCGCCCACUAGCAGCCCGCCGUCGCUCUCGCUCUCGUCGUCGUCGGCUGGCGACAUCCUCAGCAGCAAACGCAGCUCGACCUCGCUCCGCCGCACGCCCACGAGCAACGGCGGUGGCCCCUCCUCUCUGCAGCACCAGCACCAGCAGCAGUACCAGUACCAGUACCCUCACAAGAGCAUCCACAACAACGCCUCGGACAGCUCCUUUGUCAGCUCCCACCACUUGCCUGUCCUCUCGUCUGCUGCCGCCAGCCAGCAUUCCCACCCGUCGCCCGUCCUGCCGCCCGCAGGCCCGCCUUACUCGCCCGCCUUCAACAGCCCAGCUGCGGGCCCCACUUGGUCGUCGGGGUCACCUGUUGCCUCGUCUCACCACAAUCAACACUUCCAGCACCAAUCUUCACUACCCCUCAGUUCACAACCCAGCCGCCCCUCUGACGAGCUCAUUGGCGCGCCCUUUGACGGCAAUUCCAUCCUCUACCACGUCGAGGCUACCAGGACUGCCGACUACUCCCCCGUCCACCAGUCGCCCUCCAGGUCGUCGCCAUCAAUCCGUCGCCCCGCGCCGCCGCCUCUGCUGCAGAGCCCGUCCGCCGUCGACCCGCGGCAGGUCAGCCCUGCUCUUCGGCAGUCUGCGAGCUUUUCAUCCUCCGACCCACCCUCUGUCAACAUGAUGUCGGAGAAGUCGCAGGGCUCGCGUCCCAGCGACAGUCCGCUCGCUGGCCCGAAACGGUAUUCUGACGACUCGGGCAAGGACACCAAGCCCGGCGUCUUGAGGAAGAAGUCGGGCUUCUCAGGCCUCGUGAGCACGCUGGUCGGCUCGCAGAAGAAGCCAGUCAUCUCUGCACCGGAGAACCCCGUGCACGUCACGCAUGUUGGCUAUGAUAGUAACACCGGCCAAUUCACGGGCCUCCCGAAAGAAUGGCAGCGCCUCAUCGAGCAGAGCGGCAUUCCUGAGAAUGCCCGCCGCGAAAAUCCCCAAAUGAUUGCGAAUUUGGUCGAGUUCUACAAGGAGACGACAGAAAAGCCGGCCGAAGACCAGGUCUUUGAGAAAUUCCACGACGCCAGAGCUCCGGAGUUACAAACCUCCACAAGCGGAAUGUCCACAAACUCCCCAAACAUGUACUCGACGAGUCACUUUGCUGGUAUGUCCUCCCACGUGUCAAGUCCGCCAGUGAGUCCACGAUUUCCAACUGUCAUCGAAGGAAAUUUCGAAAACCCUCGAGCGCCUCCCCCGGUCCCUGGAUCUGGCAAGACCUAUGGCCAUAACCCCUCAAAAGAGCACCCGAACCUCAAGCCAAGUCGACCAGCGCCAAAGCCUCCGACAUCACUACCAAACCGCUCUGCGCCGCCAUCGCCCUUCCCACCCAAGGACUCUGGAAUUGGUAUGGGCCACCACAGCGACGACAUCCCCCUCAAUCAAGGUCUGCCUAAGGACAACGCGCCAAUGCUUCCGGAGGAACAUGUCCGAUCCCGCUCAAACUCACGCGCGAACGGCCACUCCCCAUACGCAUCCGCUGCACCACAACCCUCGCCUGUGCCUGAUCAGACAUCAUACCAACAACGGCUGCUCCAACAACAGCAGGAGCAGGCCAUGAGUCAAGCUCAGGCCGCCAUGAAAGGACAGAUGGGCAGGUCGACCAGUGUUAAGCAAGGCGUGCCUGGCCAGCAGCCCCUGCCGAGCGUUCAUACUCAGCCUGGGCAAGUGCCUGGAGCCAAUGGGGCUGGCGCCCCAGCUAGAGGCCCCGGCACCCAACGGCGGCAAAGGCAGCAGCGUCAGAGCAACAGUAUGGAUGUUGUCGCUGCGCUCAAAAGGAUAUGCUCAGAAGGCGACCCGCGUGAGAUCUACCGCGGAUUCACCAAGAUCGGCCAGGGCGCCUCUGGAGGCGUCUACACAGGCCACGAGCGUGGCACAAACCGGCUGGUAGCCGUCAAGCAGAUGAACCUUGAGCAGCAGCCGAAAAAGGAUCUUAUCAUCAACGAGAUUCUCGUCAUGAAGGAGAGCUCGCACCCCAACAUUGUCAACUUUAUCGACAGCUACCUCUGCGGUGGCGAACUCUGGGUCAUCAUGGAGUAUAUGGAGGGUGGCAGCCUUACGGAUGUUGUCACUUUCAAUAUUAUGACAGAAGGCCAGAUCGCGUCCGUUUGUCGCGAGACUCUGAAAGGUCUCCAGCAUCUGCAUUCCAAAGGCGUCAUUCACCGAGACAUCAAGUCCGACAACAUGCUGCUCUCAUUGGACGGCAGUAUCAAGCUGACCGAUUUUGGAUUUUGUGCGCAAAUCAACGAAGCUCACAGCAAGCGCACAACCAUGGUGGGCACACCAUACUGGAUGGCGCCUGAAGUGGUUACCAGAAAGGAAUACGGCAGGAAGGUUGACAUCUGGUCGUUGGGCAUCAUGGCAAUCGAGAUGAUUGAGGGCGAGCCACCGUACCUGACCGAGUCUCCUCUACGUGCGCUCUGGCUUAUUGCCACACACGGCACGCCUCAAAUCAAAGACGAGCAAAAUCUGUCGCCCGUCUUCCGAGACUUCCUCUACUUUGCGCUCAAGGUGGAUCCCGAGAAGAGAGCCUCCGCGCAUGACUUGUUACGACAUGACUUCAUGAAACAAUGCGUGGACCUGCAACAGCUGUCGCCUCUUGUCCGCGCUGCCAGAGAAGCACGCCAGGCUGAAAAGGCUCGCAAGGGGCAGUAG